AUGUCCGGCUACGGUACCUCGAGGCUUAGCAGAAAGAUAGCCCUCAGCGUCUUUUUCCUCGUCGAAGCCGUCGCCUUCACCCUUGCCCUGCUCGCCCUCCUCAGCCCCACCUGGCAAUACGUGUAUUUGGAGAACGGUCACGCUGAGCAUCACCACGGGCUGUGGCUGGACUGCGUCCGGUUCUAUACCUUCGUCUACGGCGAUAAGGGCGAGAACGUGCAGAGCAACUGGAAACGUGAGCUGGAGAACACACCGUUCGCGCUGUUCAACCUGCCGGAGUUAAGCUGCGUCUACAAGUUUGACUACUACAUCGACCAGGAGGAUCUCUACGACCACAACCACGACGAGAAUCGCAUCGAGAAUGACGCGUGGCAGCACCUGUUUUUGGGCAAGUUUGGGAUAAACGUGAGACUGAUCGAUUACGCGAUGAAAAUGCGCCACAAGAUAGCGACUUUAUGUGCAGUCGGCGUCGCUUGGGCAUUUUCAUUUGCCUCACUUCUGGUCGGCAUCUGCUCGUUCUGCCAUCGGACGUUCAUCUGCGCCUCCACGGUGCUGAUCACGAUGGCUGCCUUCUUCUCGUCGGUGGGCACCACGGUGUUCUACAUCUGGGCCAACUACCAGGAGAACAAGGUGUUCAAGGAGGAGGACAUGGAAGACUACGAGCAAGAAUUCGGGUGGGCGUUCCACUUCCAGUUCAUCGCCUCCCUGCUGCACUUCAUCGCGUCGUUCCUCGGCUGCUUCGCCACGUCGUUGGCCUUCAGAAAGGGCCGGGCCAAGCUCGUCAAGAUUGAGGUGGUUGAGGGAGAAGAGGAGUCCCCGCUCGCCUCAAAUACCCAUCUCUCCACGACGACACAACCCUUUAAACGAUCGUUUUCGGCGAUUUAUCGGGUCGAUUCUGAGGCGUUGCGGAACUGGGAGCGCGAUUAUAUGAAGAACCACAAAUCCGAGACCACAAACUUCAAGCGCACGGCGUCGGUGCCGAACUUGACGAAAAAGCAGCGGAAGGCGAUGCAAAAAGCGCAGCGCGACGCGGCACGAUCGCAGGACUUGAUCUUCACGUCGACGAGCAAUAUUCUGUCGGAAAGGACCGAGACGACAGGGGCCAGCAAUACCCUGGAGAGUCGAAGGGAUUUACGACAAUCUCCGCAGCUCCCCACGGCCAUGACGCCGAAGUCAAUCAUGAAGAAGUCGACGCAAUCGUUGGCGAUAACGAGCCAACGGGUCGAGCCCACGUAUGAAUAUCUGCCCGGCCCCGCCCCCUCAUCCAUCGCCCUGUCCACGUUCAAGCCGCAGAGAGACUCGCCAGCGUCAAGUGUACGGUAUGACUCGGUGUACGAGACGCUACCCGGUGACAACUACGAGGAGCCAAACUCAACGCUCAAAAAGCGCCUCAGCAAUUCGACGAUCGGCGAUGAUCCGGUUAGGAGAGCAUUGUUGCCGACGAUGCCUUCUGUAUCCGGGUCGGCACAGUCGAUUCCGACGCCCAGGACCACCGUAAUCGAUGACGUGGCGCCGCGGAAUUCUACCUCACAGGUACGC